CCCAGUUUGUGUUCAGUCUCUGUUUCCUCCCUUCUGUGUCAAUUCAUUGUUUCAUCUUCCCAGCACUUCCCUGUGGAUUUACCCCGAUUCCUUUUUGUGUUCCUUUCUCUGGUGUUUUGUUGGAUUUCUGUGAUGGACAUUUUGACUUUGGACUCUGAUAGAAGGUGUGUGACAGUCCACUGGUGACCAAUUUGCCGCCGUCGUCAUUCAGAAGCUCCUCCCAGCUGACCAGCAGCCAUGGGCCUGUUUUUGCUAAGGUCAACAGGAGAGAAGGAGCUGGAGGUUGGUCUCCUCUGGUCUCAGACAGAUACCAGUGGUUGGAGGUGGAUCUGGGGAGGCGUACCAAGAUCACAGCUGUCGCCACGCAGGGACGCUAUGGCAGCUCUGAUUGGCUGACGGCUUACCUGUUGAUGUUCAGUGACACAGGACAUAACUGGAGGCAACACCGGCAGGAAGACAGCUUUGGGGCUUUUCCAGGAAACAGUAAUGCAGACUCUGUGGUCCAGUACAAGCUGGAACAAUCGGUGAUAGCCCGCUACCUGCGCCUCAUUCCUCUGGACUGGAACCCUACUGGGAGGAUUGGACUCCGACUGGAGAUUUAUGGAUGUCGAUAUACUUCUGACGUGGCUAACUUCGAUGGCGGCAGCAGCCUGGUCUAUCGGCUGAGUGUGAGGCCGAGCUGGACGGAGAUGGAGGUCAUCUCUUUAAAGUUUAAAACCCUGAGGAAUUCUGGGACGCUGCUGCACGCAGAGGGACAGAGAGAUCACAGCCUCACUCUGGUGCUGGAGAAAGGACGGCUGCUGCUCUACCACCAACAAGGUUUGAGUUCAUCGUCCAGCGGUCAGCUCCUUGUUACUCUUGGAAGUCUGCUCGAUGACCAGCACUGGCACCACAUAAAGCUGGAGCGGCUCAACGCUCACCUCAACCUCACCGUGGAUAAAAACACUCAGCAGGUUCACAUCCCAGCGGAGCUCAGCAGCUGGGACAUUCACCAGUUAAGUCUGGGAACCGUCCAGGGCCAUGGUUUGCAGAAACCCAUUCUGUCAAACAGGAACUUUCACGGCUGCUUGGAAAACCUGCUCUACAACGACCUCAAUCUCAUCGAGCUGGCCAAAAAGAACAACCACCAGGUCUCUAUGAUGGGCAAUGUGACCUUUUCUUGUGCUGAGCCAGUUUUGGUCGCUGUGACGUUCACCGACUCCCAGAGCUCCCUCAUGUUGCAGGGACUGAGGUCGUGGUCUUCAGGGGUCAUCUCCGUGGCACUGCAGUUCAGGACCUGGAACAAGGCGGGGCUUCUAGUGACCUUUGACCUCCCGCAGCAAGAGGGAACGGUGUGGUUGUACCUGAGUGAGGCCAGACUUCGCCUACAGAUCAGUAGAGCUGGCAGGGCUCAGCUGGAGCUCAGUGCAGGCUCUGGUCUGAACGACGGUCAGUGGCAUUCUGUGGAGAUGAACUCCAGGCAGGAUCAGCUGAGCAUCACAGUGGACAAAGAUGAAGGAGCUACCGCCCACACCAGCAUCCCACUUCCCAUGACCCCAGAGAGUCAACUCUUCUUCGGUGGUUGUCCUGCUGAUGAGGAUAGACAGGAGUGUGUGAACCCCUUCAGAGUGUUUCAGGGCUGCAUGCGUCUCCUGGGUCUGGAUAACCAACCUGUUGACCUGAUUAAGGUGCAGCAAAGGCUGCUGGGAAACUACAGCCACUUACAGAUUGACAUGUGUGGCAUCAUAGACAGGUGCUCCCCCAGUCACUGUGAACAUGGAGGAAGAUGCACUCAGUCAUGGAGCACCUUCCAUUGUAACUGCUCCAACAGCGGCUACAGAGGAGCCACCUGCCACAGCUCAACAUAUGAACAGUCAUGUGAGGCAUACAAACACAAAGGCAACACUUCAGGACAUUAUUAUAUAGAUGUGGAUGGCAGUGGACCAGUCAAACCCCAGCUCAUCUACUGUAACAUGACAGAGGACACAGCAUGGAUGGUGGUUCAGCACAACAACACAGAACUGACCAGAGUGCAGUCAUCCCCGGAGAAAAUCCAACAUUCAGCCCACUUUGACUACGCGUCUGAAGAGGAACAGCUGGAAUCCAUCAUCAGCCAAUCAGAUCACUGCGAGCAGGAGCUUUCCUACCACUGCAGGAAAUCCCGCCUCCUCAACACACCAGAAGGGUCCCCGUUCAGCUGGUGGGUGGGAGGUCCAGAUCCAGGUCAGGUCCAGACUCACUGGGGAGGGGCUCUGCCUGGCAGCCGGCAGUGUGCCUGUGGCCUGCAGGACAACUGUCUGGACUCAAACCACUACUGCAACUGUGACACGGACCUCGACCAAUGGGCUAAUGACUCUGGCCUUCUCAUCCAUAAGGAGACCCUCCCAGUCAGGUCCCUGGUGCUGGGUGACGUCACGCGGCCAGGGUCUGAGGCUGCCUACAGGGUGGGACCUCUGCUCUGUCAUGGAGACAAGAACUUCUGGAAUGCAGCGUUUUUCGACAAGGAGACGUCAUACCUUCACUUUCCUACUUUCCACGGGGAGCUGAAUGCAGACAUAUCCUUCCUGUUUAAAACAACGUCCUCCUCCGGGGUCUUCCUGGAAAAUCUGGGCAUCAAGGACUUCAUCCGGAUUGAGCUCAGCUCCUCCUCAGAGGUCGUCUUCUCUUUCGACGUUGGAAACGGACCACUGGAGGUGCGAGUGGAGGCAAGCGUCCAGCUGAACGAUAAUCGAUGGCACAGCGUGCGAGCUGAGCGAAAUGUGAAGGAGGCUUCGUUACGUGUUGAUGAGUUUCCUGCCGCCACGCAGGAGGCGCCCGCUGAUGGACACAUUCACCUGCAGCUCAACAGCCAGCUAUUCAUAGGAGGCACCGCUUCCAGACAAAAAGGCUUCCUUGGAUGCAUCCGCUCUCUGCAGCUAAACGGUGCCACUCUGGACCUGGAGGAGAGGGCAAAGAUAACCCCAGGGGUCCGACCCGGGUGCCCAGGCCACUGCAGCAGCUACGGCUCACUCUGCCAGAACCAUGGACGCUGUGUGGAGAGAGACAAUGGUUUCUCCUGUGACUGUGGCCCCUCAGCAUACACUGGAUCCUUCUGUCACCAAGAGAUUUCAGCCAGCUUCACAUCAACGACCUCCAUCGUCUACAACCUCCAGGAGCCCUAUGAACCCAGCAGGAACAGCAGCACCAUGCCUUCCUCCAUCUACUCUGAAAUGACGCUGAGAGGAGAAAACCUCUCGCUGAGCUUCAGGACCAAUCAGAGUCCUGCUCUGUUGCUCUACAUCAACUCUUUCUACAGAGAAUACCUGGCCUUGCUCAUCAACAAACACGAUGAGCUGGAACUGCGGUACAAGUUGCACAGCAGCAGAGAUGUGGAGGUGCUGGGGAGCCGAGUCAUGAACUUGGCUGAUGGACAUCUGCACUCACUGACCAUCAGGAGACUGGCAGACACUGUUUCUGUUCAGAUUGACCAGAAUGCCAGAGAGGACUUCAACUUGACGUCUGAUGUGGAAUUCAACAGCAUCAAAAUGCUCAUCCUAGGCAGAGUGCAGGAGUCUGAUGAGCUGGAUUCAGAGCUGGCCGGGUUGGCCUCUCUUGGGUUCACCGGCUGUCUGUCAGGUGUUCACUUGAACUCAAUCAGUCCUCUAAAAUCUGCUCUGCUGCACCCUGACAGCCAUGUUAUUGUCACUGGACCACUGGUGGAGUCGAGCUGUGGUUCCUCUUCUCCGGCUAAUCCCUACACGGCAGAAACCACACACUCCUUAACAGACCAGCCUGGCUCAGCGGAUCCAGGUCAACCUUUAGUCAAUGCCAUGAGGAGUGACUCAGCUCUAAUUGGAGGGGUUAUCGCUGUGGUGAUCUUCAUCAGUGUAUCCGCGCUGGCAAUACUGGCCAGAUUCAUCUGCAGCAGGAAGGAGACGUAUAGGAACCAAGACGUAAAAGCGUCCCAGCCUGACGACAUCCACGAGUUACCCUUCAGCAGCCAGGCGGACUCUCAGUGCGCUCCUCGUGAAAACCAGAAGGAGUUUUUUAUUUAGCAGGAAACCCUAAACUCCCACCUACCUGACAGGACAGAACAAGGUGAUUUAUCCCACACUCAGUGCUUUGGGGGACACACAGUAACCCUUGGCUCGUGUGAGUCAACAGGAUAUGAAGUCAAAAACUGAACAACUUGUUGUUUCUUUCAUGUCUGCUGCCAUUUUGAGGAUGUAAAUACUUAAAGAUGUAAAUGGUUAUAUGUGUGCUUAUAACAAUGUUUACCUGCCAUAUCCAAAUGUUUAAAGUGAUUUAUUGAAAUAAUAUAUAUGUGAUGAUCAAAACACAACUUUGUUGCAGUUAAACUAGACUUUUGGACUUUAUGUUAAUUUAUAAAAGACACUUUUUUUAAUAGGACAAUAAACCUUCAGUGAAAUUCAAGAUGUCAGAGCCAUGGAAUGUGUCAAAGUAUGGGAAGACUGGUUGAACUGAAUGCAGGUUUGAUUCAUACAUAUCAGCCAAAGCACUUCCCAACUACAAUCCAUCCCUAACAACUGAACAUAAUUUUAACACCUGCUGUACAUAUUCACACAAAAAUAAAGUCAACCCAAAAACUUU